AUGGGCGGAUCGCGCCCCCGCGGCGGAGCAGAUACCGCCUCGGACUCACAUUCGUGGCCGGGCACCGCACCGCGGCCAGCGAGCUCUCGCAGUGAGGGAAGCAAGAGGGCCGUCAUGUCCGCGGAAAUCAGCUUCAUGGGCGUGCCGCCAGCCGCGAACGUGCCUGGCUACACCGGGCAUGUUCCUGCGAUGCGCAACCACGUCCACGGCCAGACCUACGCCAACGCCACCAUUCACGCGGCGCUAGCCGCGGACGUGCAGAAGGCCGGGAACAACCCUUCGGGCAUGCACGAGCUCGUCGACAAGCGCCCCCAAGGCCGCGACUUCCUGUACGCGCAGACCGUCACCAAGGGGACGAUGAUGGAUUCCCUCGGCAAGGUGUCCACGGGGGAGCCGCUGACCUACACGCUGCCCUGCAAGGACAGCGUUUCGCUGCCGGAGCUCUCGUUCCAGCACCGCGCGAUAGGCCUCGGCAAGCGCGUGCCCGCCGAGAAGAUCCCCCCGGAGGUCAUCGCCGGCAAGGGCCGCGUCCCGGGCUUCACGGGCCACCUGCAUGCCGGCGCACACAUGUUCGGCACGCCGUACGGCCGCGCCAGCAAGGAGCUCGAGGGCGGGUUCGCGGACACGCUCGGGACGUCGAACAAGCUCAUGCGGUGGCACGAGGAUCGUCCGCAGGGCCAGCUCCUGCAGGGGGAGGGCCUGCGCAUCCCCGGGUACACAGGGCACAUCCCCAGCAAGGACCCGCACAUCUACGGCAAGACGUAUGGAACGUCGACGGUGCUGGCGCUGCGCGCUCGGGACGCGCAGCAGCUGGGCGAGCCCGCGACGGCGCUGCCCGAGCUGGUCGAUUCGCGUCCGCAGGGCAACAUUGACCUGUUCAGUCAGAACUUGCCGCCGGAGAUCGCGCGGACGUCGCUGACGCUGCCGAGGAAGAAGGUCCUGGGCAUCGGACACGACGACGGCCCGCGCGGGGAGCGCGGCAUGGGCGUUGCGGUGGUGAACGAGCGCGACACCGACCACGGGUCGACAUUCCGCCGCAAGACGCACUUGGACUUCCCGGAGAUCGGCGAGGUGAACAAGGGGCGGCACUGCCUGCCCGGGUACACGGGGCACGUGCCGGGGGAGCAGCACGUGUACGGGACGACGUACGGGCUCAUGACGGGCAACAUUCUCAAGAGGGGGCACCUGCCCAAGCAGCCUCGGUCGCUGGUGAAGUUCGAGGACUUCCGCCCGCAGAGGACUGCGAACUGGCGCGAAUCCGAGAAGCUCUGGUGA